AUGAUGGCCCCUUGUUUCAUCCCUUCGCACCUUGGUGUAAUCGAGGACAUCGAAGAUUAUCGACCCCGUGGUUCCCACCCAAUAUCUGUUGGCAACACCUUUGACCAAGGACAUUUCAGGGUCCAUCAUAAACUUGGAUUUGGAGGCUCCUUUACUGUUUGGCUGGCGCGCGAUCAACUGGAAGAGGGAAACCAGGGUAGAAUCGUCACCCUCAAGGUAAUGCGUGCCGAUGUUUCUUUAUGCAAGGUCCCAAGCGAGAUCCCCGAACUCGUUAUUUCUCAAACACUUCGAACGUCUCUCCCUUCUUCUGAGUCUAUCGGUUUCCAGACUGUUGAUCACCAUCUUUUCGUACAAGGUCCGAAUGGCUCCCACCUAUGUCUCGUAUUUCCUCUUGCUGGCCCCAGUAUCCUCGCUAUCUGCCGACUACGUGCAGACUUGGCUAGGAAUGUCGCGAAACAAACAGCGAUGAGAAUACACCACAUGCACCGCGCCGGCGUCGUUCAUGGAGAUAAGCAAUCUUCUGCCUCUUUCUCAACGAUGUCAGGUGCCGACGAACGACUCCAUCUGGACCUGACCACAUCGAACAUUUUGUUUCGACUAUCGCCCCACGUCAUCAAAUGGUCGGACGCCGAAGUGUACGCCCAUCUUGGCAACCCAGAGACGGAGGGUAUCAGAUCCCGUGACGGACAACAGCCCGGUCCUCACGCACCAGCCAUCCUCAUCGCACCCUUCGAGAACUUCAGGAUAUCGGACGCAAUGCUUCUUCAAGAAAGCAUUAUCGUCAGUGACUUUGGCCAGUCUUACAUCGUUACCUCUCCACCAUCGUCCUACGAGCCAGGUACGGUGCCGAAUUACCAGUCGCCAGAGACAUGGUUUAAGGGGCAUAUUGUUGAGAUGCUGGGGCGACUACCUGACCCCUGUUGGGCUGCUUUCGAACAGUGCAUGCUAUGGUUCGAGGAGGACGGGCAACCAAAGAGCGAGCAGGAUCGAGAACGGGCCGGCGUGCUUUUGCAGGCUUAUAAAAGCUCCAUUAGGGCCAAGUUGUUCGAGAUAGGCGAGCAAGAAGAUCAGCCGCCUGAAGACAAAGGUCCGAUGAUUGAAAAGCCCGGGGUGCGACUGCAAGAGGAAGAAGUUGGGCUGUUGCAGGAUCUUUUGCUGAAGAUGUUGAAGUAUUUCUCGGAGGAGAGGAUUCGCAUACAGGAUGUCAUCCGACAUCCGUGGUUCACGUGA